AUGCCUAUUGAACUAGUACAUCUCUCCAACUUGCAAUUGUUACAGUUGUCUGCGAACAGAUUAUCUGGUACGAUUCCUCCACAGCUUUACAAUAUUUCUUCUAUGUACUUUCUUGCCAUAGCUGAAAACCAAUUAAGCGAUCGCCUCCCACUAAAUUUAGGCUUGACCCUUCCCAAUCUCCAAGAGAUUUACUUGGGAACGAACCAAUUAUCUGGGCCUAUUCCAAUAUCCUUGGCCAACGCCUCAGGACUCGAAGUCCUCGCUUUAGCUUCAAAUGCUUUAACGGGGCCUCUGCCGAAGAAUUUAGGGAACUUGCAAAAUCUUCGAUGGAUAAGUCUUGGCAACAACCCUCUUGGGGAUGAGAAUGGCAGUGACUUGACUUUUCUUACCUCCUUAACCAGUUAA